AUGCCUUACGACGCUUGCUCUUCUGGUCAGAAGGCCAACUUCUGCCGGAGACAUGACAAAUCGGGAAGCGAUAAUGAUAGUACGAAGACUCGUCGUGGUUCACCGGUACCUCAACCCCCGGACGUUUCCGGCCACAACGACAGCUCUGCGGGAACCCACAAAGAUAAAGACAACAUGGAUCUUGAUCUCCUUGGAUUCGGAGCUCAAUUCGAUGAUAAGAAAUAA